ACCACCAGAGACUGAGAGGAGACCACCAGAGAGAGAGGAGACCACCAGACACAGAGAGCUGAGAGGAGAGACUACCAGAGACACCGAAAUAGACCACCUAAGGCACAGAGAGAGCUAAGGGGGGAGACCACCAGAGACUUACACAUUGCAGACCAACCCGCCAAGACCGACUCUCCUCCUCCGAGCAGCCAAUGGCAGUUCUGCCUCCUGGGAUCCGCUUUUUCAUUUCCUUCUCACGGGACGAGUGGUUCCGGGCUCUGGUGCUGCUCCUCACCUACCUCCUCUACUGCAGCUUCCACCUGUCCAGAAAGCCCAUCACCAUCGUCAAGGGGGAAUUACAUAAACACUGUUCAGAGCCCCAUGAGAUUGAGCCUCACAGCUACAAGGAAUUUGUCAUCUUGAAGCCGUCUUCAGAGAAUGCCGUUCAGAACGCUUCCCGCUGUGGCUGGGCACCAUUUGAUAAGCAGAACUACAAGCAGUUACUGGGAGCUCUGGAUUAUUCCUUCCUGUGUGCAUACGCGGUGGGCAUGUUCCUCAGUGGGAUGAUUGGGGAGCGCUUACCCCUCCGCUAUUUCCUGUCCUGUGGAAUGGUGGCCAGCGGCUUCUUCACCGCGCUCUUCGGACUCGGCUAUUUCUACAACAUCCACAACCUAACCUAUUAUAUUAUCAUCCAGGUGCUGAAUGGUUUGGUGCAGACUACCGGGUGGCCGAGUGUGGUCACCUGCAUCGGGAACUGGUUUGGGAAAGGGAGGAGAGGUUUCAUCAUGGGAGUUUGGAAUUCGCACACAUCUGUUGGAAAUAUUUUGGGGUCCCUGAUUGCUGGUUUCUGGGUGUCCUCAUGUUGGGGGAUGUCCUUUAUUGUUCCGGGUAUAAUCAUUGGAGUGAUGGGGAUCGUCUGUUUCCUGUUCCUCAUAGAACAUCCUCGAGACGUCAACUCCGAUCCUCCUCAGACUCCUCCCAGUUUGUCGUGUAACGGGUUCAAGAUCCAGAAUCAAAUAUUAAGAGCAGAAGAGUCUCUACCUGAGAAGAGUUGGGAAACCCAGAGCAUGCUGGGACCAUCCCCCGUCUACCCAACACAUCACGUCGUUGUCCUACAGAAGGAGCCCAGUAAUGGGAAAAGCGCUACAUCUGCCAUCAGCUUUAUUGGCGCCCUCAAAAUUCCGGGCGUGGUGGAGUUCUCCAUGUGCUUGUUGUUCGCCAAGCUGGUCAGUUACACCUUCCUCUUCUGGCUGCCCCUGUACAUGGCAAGUGUCGGUGGGAUGGACGCCCGUCAUGCUGGUGACAUGUCCACUCUCUUCGAUGUGGGUGGAAUUUUUGGUGGAAUUCUAGCGGGCGUGAUCUCCGAUAAAUCUCACAAACGCGCCACAACCUGCGGAGUCAUGCUGAUGUGCGCCGCCCCCACUCUCUAUUUCUUCUCGGCGGUCAGUAAGACGGGUCCCGUGUUCACCGUGUUGAUGCUGCUGGUGUGCGGAGCGCUGGUGAACGGGCCGUAUUCCCUCAUCACAACCGCCGUGUCAGCUGACCUGGGGACCCACAAGUCGCUCAAGGGAAACGCGCAUGCUCUGUCUACCGUGACGGCCAUUAUAGACGGAACCGGAUCUGUAGGUGCUGCUCUCGGCCCCCUGUUGGCGGGACUCCUGUCACCGUACGGUUGGCACAAUGUCUUCUUCAUGUUGAUGAUGAGCGAUGCCUUUGCCUUGUUGUUCUUGUUGCGUCUGAUCAGGAAGGAGCUGAAUUGCAGGAGGCCGACGGGAGGAGAACAGACCGAGUGGAAGGAACAUUAGGAGGAUCGUGGUUGUCAUGGAGAUCUGGGUUCCAUCUGUGGACAUUCCCGUCUUUUCCCGAUCAGAUGGACUUCUAUGGGGAAUCUUCCAUAAUAUGGAUAUUUGGGGGGACCUCAGACGUUGGUGGGUUCAGUGAACCUCGGAAUGAGCAGCUCCUUUCUUUGUCUUUGGACUCUGUGUACUACUGCCCCAAAAUCCAGCCAAUCACAGGGCAGCAAUACAUUAAUAUAAUUUAUAUCUAGAGGAAUCGAGGAUUGUACCGUCUCCACACGGCCUACGGGGUCUCCAUCCAAUGAGGGCCUUGUGUCAUUCCUGGGGGGGGUCUCUAGCCCACCAUAACCCUCAUAGGAGUGUCUAAUUCUUUGGCCAACACUUGCAAUGCUCACAGCUGGAUUCUGAUAGGCUGGGAGUGUCCUGGGAUGGAUGGCGUGUACCCGGUGUCACUAUUGUCCGGUAUUGUGUCACAGCCGGGCGCUGCUCCCGGAAAGUGUAACUGUAGGCGUGGGAAUAUUUGCCCCCCCCCCCCCCCC